AUGAUUAGACUGGCCAAAAAAAGGCCAAUGUUAGAUAAAACCGGAAUUGCCAUGACACGUGAUGCAGAAAUGCAUAAAAUAGAAAUUAUUGCCUUAAGCAAUGGCACAAAAUGCAUUAUUGGAAAAAAUGUAAGUAUGGAUGGUAAAUCUUUGAAUGAUUGUCAUGCCGAAGUGCUUGUACGAAGAUGUUUGAAACUUUUUCUGUAUGGUCAUUUAAAAUUGAUAGCCACUGGACGGAAAAAUGAUUCAAUCUUUACCGAAUGUAAACGAACGGGUGGUUACAAACUCAAAGCCAACAUAAAGUUACAUCUUUACGUUAGUGACCCACCUUGUGGUAAUUCAAGAAUACAUUUGCCUGAGAAAUUUAUUCGCAAAUCUUUACAUCGUACUGCUUGUGGAGUUUUAAGAUCAAAAAAUGAAUUCAGAAACGAAUCUUUACUUAUUAAAGCUAAUGAUGGAAAUCGAACAAUAGAGUUAAUGAAACAGCAGAAACAACAGUGUAUAACAAUGUCCUGUUCUGAUAAAAUUGCCUCGUGGAACGUUUUAGGCAUUCAACGUUCGCUUCUUAAUUAUUUCAUACAACCGAUAUAUCUGGAAAGUAUUGUUUUUGGAAAUGAUGUUUAUCCUGGAUGUAUAUUUAGAGCACUGUGGGGUCGUUUCGAAAAAUCGCUUAAAAUGUUGCCGGAACCGUAUCAUUUAAAUAAACCUAAAAUAUGCUGUGUAAGAAAUCCUGAAAACUGCGAAUUUGUAGAACAUCCAGAUUUCAGUGUUACUUGGUCGGUCGGAUUUAAAAGCCCUGAAAUAGUUAAUUCAACAACAGGAAAAUUAGAAAAUGGAAAGAUUUCGAGUUUAAGUAAGAAAGCAUGUUUUCGUCGAUUUAAUAAAUUAUACAACAACAUUCCAGUUGCUGCUAAACGACAGUUGAAUAGAAAAUUAAAGUUGUAUUCGGAAGCAAAACAAUCUGCCUUGAAUUAUCAAGCAGCUAAAAGCAACUUGAAAGAAGCAUUUGAAAAUGCAGGUUUAGGAGUUUGGAUAAUAAAACCUUUACAUAAAGAUGAUGUUGAAUAA